UAUAAUCCGACGAAAGAUCUAUCGGCAGCAACGGUGGGCAACAUGUCCAAAUUCCAGCAUCUUAUUGUUGACACGUCGGCGUUCAUAAAGAAUGUGCAACUGCAAACUUUCGCCGAAAACUGCUACACGGUGCAAGGAGUCUUGGACGAAAUCCGCAAUGAUCGACAGCUGAAAGCAUUGACUGUGUUGCCGUACAGCUUACGGGUGAAGGAACCGGAUCCGGAUGUCGUCGCCAAGGUUGUAGCAUUUGCGAAAAAAACCGGCGACUAUGCGUCGUUGUCGAUGGUCGACCUGCGUGUGAUCGCUCUUACGUACGAACUUGAAACGGUUCAUGUAGGCCGGGACCAUCUUCAAGAGGAACCAAAACCGGCGGUCACAGUGGCGGCCGCCACGAAGCCAAAAGAACUGCAGGGAUUGGAACUUACGAAAGGGUUCUAUGCAUCAUCAAAAGCACGAUCCGAGCGCCAAGAUAGUAAGGAAGAUGAUCAUGAACGGAAGGAACACCAGCACGAGAUGGAUUGUCAGGAUGAAGCCAAGGACUCAAAGGGAAGGCCCCUUAACACCAGUUCUCUCGAGGUGACAGAUGACCUUUGCGAUGUGGUUCUGGAACAGGCAAUCAGUACUUCCGACGACGAGAAUAGUACUGAUCCGGAAGAAUGCUCGGAAGCAAGUGAAGAGGAGGAUGACGAUGACGGUUGGAUAACUCCAUCAAACAUCCAACAAGUGAAGCGGGAUUAUGGCCAGGACUGUCUGGAAGAAACUGUCUCUCCGGUCGCUUGUAUGACAACUGAUUUCGCUAUGCAAAAUGUGUUGAAGCAGAUUGGGCUGAAGAUAGCAGCUCUGGACGGCCGUGUGAUACGGCAGUCGCGUACCUAUAUCCUGCGCUGUUACGCUUGCUUCAAAACGACACCGGACUCGACGAAAGUGUUCUGUCCGAAGUGUGGCAACCGCACUCUGAAGAAGGUAGCUGUUAGUCUCAACCCAGAUGGCACACAGAUCAUUCACAUCAACAGUCGUCGAGCGCUUACGGCCAAGUAUAAGAACAAGCCAGUGGCCAAAUUCGAAGGUGGUAAACAUGCCACCAACCCUUUGCUGUAUGAGGAUCAACCGUUGCCUCAGCAGCGUAUCUCAAAUAAGGCACGCAGCAAGACGAACGCCCUCGGAGAUGACUACACUGCCGGCUUCUCACCGUUCGUGAUGCGCGACGUGGACUCCCGAUCGGCCGUCCUUCGUGGCUCCUCCAAUCUGAAGCAACGGAUGACCAAUCUUUCUUACGAUAACAAGCGUCGAGGUUAUCGUAAGUGAAUUGAAGCCAGUUUUCAUCGGAAUUCCUAUGUUAACAUCUGUUUUUCAUCGUCGCGCCCAACCGCCUUCGGACGCUUUUACAAUUCGCAAAAUACACCAUGGAAUUUCUGUUCGCCAACAUAACA